AUGAAGUCAUUCACCUUCAUCCUUACACUGGCUGUUGCCUUUAUCAAUGCUCAACCUGUUAACACCAAUGUUGACAAAAUUGCAGUUGCAACCCGCCAGGAAAUCCAUCUUGAGGACCGGCAGCUGGCGAGUCGCAACGACCUAGAAUCAGGUUCCUCCUCCCGCUGCCCAGAAGCAAUUCUCAUCUUCGCACGUGGCUCAACCGAGCCUGGUAACAUGGGAGCCACUGCCGGUCCGAUCUUGGCAAGUGCGCUUGAGAGAGAAUUUAGCAACAUAUGGAUCCAAGGUGUGGGUGGUCCGUAUAGUGCAGACCUGGCUUCGAAUUUCCUUCCUGAUGGGACAAACCGGGCAUCCAUAAAUGAGGCAAAGAGGCUUUUCGGACUCGCCUACUCCAAGUGUCCCAAUACUCCAGUUGUAGCAGCUGGUUACAGCCAAGGGACAGCUGUUGUGGGCGUUGCCAUCUCUGAACUCACGGCGGCUGUUCAAAACCGAGUUGCUGGAGCUGCGCUGUUUGGGUACACCAAAAAUCUCCAAAAUUUGGGGAGGAUCAAGAACUAUCCGAAGGACCAAACCGCUGUCUACUGUGAACUUGCUGAUGCUGUGUGCUAUGGUACCUUGUUCAUCCUCCCAGCGCAUUUCCUCUAUGGGGACGACGCCGCCUUGGCAGCCCCACGAUUCCUCGCACGCCGUAUCAGAGCCUCCUAA